CUUUUUUACAGUCCACUUGGAAGUUGGAAGAACCAAACUAAGAAGACAAUUGUGUUAACCGCUAACUCCAUCAACCUGGCCGGCCUUCGACAUUAUUGAGUUAUUCUGCUCACGAAUGAAAUGCUGAGCUGCAGAAUCCAUAAUUUCGCUCCGUUGCUUCCAAUCUCUGUUGGGACUUUUUCCAAACACUUGUUGUCUCGGCCAACUGCAAUCCUUAAACCCAUCAGAAAGUUCAUAGUCACCGCCGCCUCCACCCCAGCAACUGGCACUACUUCCAAUUUCCGAUUUCUCACUUCUUACCAGAAGAAACAACUGAAUUCCUACAUCGCUUCUCUUCUACAAUGGAACCAGAAAAUGAAUCUUACGGCCGAGCGAGAAGAAAGCGAGAUCAUGGAAAGACACGUCGAGGACUCGCUUGCAAUGAUUGACCCGAUUCGGAAUUGCUACAUGUCGCGCUGUGGUGUUUCUUGUGAGAAUCUUAGGGUUGUCGAUGUGGGGAGUGGAGCGGGUCUCCCUGGACUUGUAUUAGCCAUUGCUUGCCCUGAUUGGAGAGUGACACUUCUGGAAUCUAUGAAUAAGCGUUGUCAAUUUUUGGAGCAUGUAGCUGAGAAGAAUAAUCUGUCAAAUGUGGAAGUUAUCAGAGAAAGGGCUGAGCUUGUUCUCCAUCGUCACCACCACUUCUCUACGCCGCCGCCUCUCUAGUGACGCUGCCUCUUCCACCAUCGCUGUUGAUUUUGCGCCAAUUCCAGAUAGCUUUUUUGGUGCGGUACAAUCAUGACUAAAACGAAUAAAAAUGACCCAGCGUGGAAACAUGGUGACGAAAUUCAACGAGAAGGGUUAAAGGGCAAAUCUUAUAAAUAUGUAAAAUGUAAAUAUUGCCUUAAAGAGACCACGGGAGGGGUAACCAGAUUCAAGCAUCAUCUCGCCUGCACAAAACAAAAUGUAAGCGGGUGCCCGUCAGUUCCAGAAGACAUAAAAAAAUACAUGCUAGGCCUUUUGAAGUUGGGGGAGAAAACACAGGCAGUUCGGGACAGAGAUCGGGAAGAGGUUAUCAAUAGUGGUUCAUACUAUCACAGUGUGAACCCCUGUGUCGUGGAUUCAAAUGAAGGUAGCAGUAGCCAACGAGGAGUCCGGGGCCCUAUUGAUAGAUAUGUCAUCGAUGUCGAAGGUGAUAAUAAGCAAACUCCUGUAGGCGAAAAAGAAGCAAGAGAAAAGUGUUGCUCGGAUGUUGGGAGAUUUUUUUUCGAGAAUGGUAUUCCAUUUAAUGUUGCCAAUUCACCUUCAUUUAUCAACAUGUGCCGUGCAAUCGGUAAUUAUGGACGGGGUUUCAGGCCACCUUCAGCUUACGAGCUUAGCCAUUGGAUUCUAGAUGAGGAAGUGAAGACAACUGAGAAACUUGUUGAGGAGGUGAAGUCGACAUGGACACAAACAGGAGUGUCUAUAUUAUCCGAUGGGUGGAAGGAUAUGCGUGGAAGACAGUUGAUUAACUUUCUAGUCAAUAAUCCUUAUGGAACAGUAUUUUUGAAAUCAGUUGAUGCCUCAGCUCAUGUCAAAGAUGCAAAGAUGUUGUGCAAGUUUCUGGAUGGUGUUGUGGAAGAAGUAGGGGAAGAUAUUGUUACUCAAGUCGUAACUGAUAACGCCUCCAACUAUAAAGCGGCUGGCAAAUUGUUAAUGGCGAAGCGACAACGUCUUUGGUGGACACCUUGUGCGGCUCAUUGUAUUGAUUUGAUACUUGAGAAAAUUGGAGAGCUCCCACAACACAAGAAUGCACUAGCAAAGGCCAAGACUGUCAUUCAUUAUAUAUACAAUCACGGAUGGGCACUGACUUUGAUGUGACAAAUGUUAAAAAGAGAUCUUGUUCGUCCAGCUGCCACACGAUUUGCUACCGCAUACCUUACGUUGCAAAGCAUGCAUAAUUCAAAAGAUGAAUUAGAAGAAAUGUUUGUUUCUAAGGAAUGGUCAUCUCAUCACAUGUCUAAAACCGCAGAAGCAAAGAAGGUGAAACAAAUUGUGUUGAGGGACAAUUUUUUUGGGCCAAGCGUGGUGUAUGCAAUCAAAACAACAAAGCCUUUGUUUACUGUGUUGAGGAUGGCAGACUCGGAAAAGGUCCCUGGUAUGGGGUUUUUAUAUGGUUCUAUGGAUCAUGCAAAAGAAGAGAUAGCUAAAAACUUGGGCGGGGAUGUGACUGCAUAUAAAGAGAUUUGGAGCAUAAUCGAUGAGAAGUGGGAAUUUCAGAUGCAUCGUGAUUUGCAUGCAGCAGCUUAUUAUCUUAACCCUCGUUACCAAUAUGAUCCCAAUAUGUCCAAUCAUCCAGAGAUUAAACUUGGUUUGUUUAAUUGUGUGGCAAAAAUGUUUCCUGAUCGAGAAGUUCAGGAGAAGAUACAUUUGCAGAUGGAUGAUUAUCGUUUGAAAAGGGGAUUCUUCGGCCAUGAUGUAGCGAAAAGCACAGUUGAUAAACGUUGUCCUGUGGACUGGUGGUGUCAAUAUGGGGAUCAAACACCUGAAUUAAUGGCUUUUGCUGUGAGGGUGUUGAGUCUUACGUGUUCGUCAUCUGCCUGUGAGCGCAAUUGGAGCACAUUUAAUUAGAUACAUACCAAGAGAAGGAAUCGUUUGCAUACGCAUAAUUUGAACAAGUUGGUGUUUGUGAUGUAUAACAAGAGACUAAAGACAAAGUGGAUGAGAAAAACAUCACUUAAAGAAGACAUUGAUCCUUUUGUGAUGGAUGAGAUUCCAUCAGAUGAUGAAUGGGUUAUCGAUGAAGAUGAGACAAAUCCUGAUGUUGCUCGUGAUGAUGAUUGUGAUGGUGAAGCUAGUGCUGGACGUUCUUUAAGUCAAGAACUUGUUCGUAGCAGUGGAAAGGGCUGCGAGCAAGGACGGUUGAGAGGAAAUAGUCAAGGUCAAAAAAGAAAGCGACAUGAUAAAGGAAAGGGAAAAUUGCAUUUGAUCGAUGAAGAUGAAGAAUUGCAUAGUGAUGAUACUGAUUUCGAUUUUGACCUUGAUGAGGAUGAGGAUGAGGAUGAAGGAAAUGUUGGUGGUUAUGAUCCUUAUUUCAGACCACUAGAUAGUGAUGAUUCGAUUUUUCAAUCAUCAAUCUAAUAUGUUUAGGAUUAUUUUACGAUGUUUCAGAAUUUUUUGCUAUUAUUCAGGAUUCUUUUUCCUAAGAUUGUUACAACAUUUGAUUUGUUUUGAUAUUGCAUUUGCCGGUUUCUCUUGAAUAAUGUUUUUUGAUAUAUACAUAUAUCAUAUAUAUAUAUAUAUAUAUUUAUAUUUACGCCUCAGCUAUACGCCUCAUUGCGCAAUGAGGCUUACGCAAUAUGCAAUUCUAAAAAUCCGCCAUGAUUACGCAAUACGCAAUUACGAACAUUGGUUCUGGGUUGGAUGUUGUUUGCAUUUUUUGCCAUAUUUAUGGCAAUUAUGUGUAUAGUGGCAUGUGGCAAUGCUACGAUGGAAGAAAAACUUUUCUUUUUAUACACAUUUCAAAAUAUUGCCAACUUCAUGGCAGAUUUAAUAACUACAUUAUGGCAAUAUUUCCCUUUUUUCUAUUAUUUGGUAUCGAUUUUUUUAUCUACCCACAUUGACUUCAUACUUUGAUUUCUUAUUUCGUCAUUAAACGUCUAAUUUCAUUUAAAAAUCAGAAUGAUCUGAUUUUGGAUAUUGCGUGCAAAUUUUGCCAAAUUUGGGGAAAUUAAUUGGAUAUUAGCAAUUACAUUGUGGCAGAAAAAUAUUUCUUUUGUACUCAUUUGAAGAUUUUGCCAACUUAAUGACAGUUAUGGUACAAGUUUUGCCAACUUAGUGGCAUUGAUGGUGAUGGCGCUGGGAUUUGCGGUGGUGGUGAUGGUGGAGGGCGGCGGCGGCCGGUGGUGGGCGACGACGGUUGAUUGAGGGUGGCAGCGGCAUAGUUGGUAGAAGGCGUCAGCAGCCCAAUACCGUAGCUAGGGUUUUAAAAAUGUCUUUUGAUUUUUAAAUUUCAAUUGUAAAUAUAUCAUUAAGGGUAAUUCUGUCAAACCAAUGUAUUUUUAGUCCUAUGAAACAUGUAAGUCCUAUUUGUGCAUUUAUUCAUUGUUUUAGUCCUAUUUAGGGAAUUAACUCUUUAAACUUUGCAUUUUUUAACCAUAAUUGUGCAUAUCCGUGAACCAUAACGUGCAUUUAAUAAGUUCAAUCCGGUGAUACUCCAAAUUAACUCUAUUUUAGCCACUGGAUAAUAUUCAAAAGAUCAAAUCAACAAAGUGUAAUUGUUUAUCACUUUUGAGGGAUCCGAAUACUGAGCCAUUUUGGUAUUAUCACUUGGUACCAGAUUCUUCUUGAUUCCAAAUUUGUAGUGAAACGUACGCCUGCUUGAACAAACAAUUUUUCCCUUCUACACACGAUGUAAAUUUGGAAUAUUACAUGGGGCAGAAUUUAGGGCAAAACCAGAACUUCAGAGAGUCAUUUGAUGUUGCAGUAGCCAGAGCUGUUGCAGAAAUGAGAAUUUUAGCUGAAUAUUGUAUUCCUCUUGUUCGUGUUGGUGGCUUGUUUGUUGCCGCAAAGGGUCAUGAUCCUCAGGAGGAAGUGAGAAGAGCAGAUACAGCAAUACAUUUGAUGGGUGCAACUCUAUUGCAAACAUGCUACGUUGAUUCACACAGUAAGUAUGGGCAGAGAACUGCCAUCGUUUGUGUGAAAAGUGGUCCAACCCCAAAGAAAUAUCCCAGAGAUCCCGGAACUCCAGCGAAGUCACCACUUUAACAACGGUUAUUAUUAAUUCUCACUUCUUAUGUUACGAGUUGUUCUCAUUUGAUCCACAUUCUAUACAUAUUUGUUUGUACGUAUCAAACGAAUGUGAUAAGUGGCUAUGUUAGAGGUGAUUACCUAUGUGUAUGUAUAUAAGAGAUUUUGCUUUUGAUAAAAAUUAAUACUCCUUCC